AUGACCGAAGCAGCGCCAUCGUCGCCUUCCAGAAGAAGGGCAUGGACGUGUCGACGGGCACAGUUGGACCUCUUCUACCUGGGGACGGCGGAGGACACGCCCGAGGGCGGACCGGGCGAGCUGUGGAUCAGCGGGCCGAAUGUUGCGUCCGGGUAUGUCUGCGUCGCUGAUAGUGACGCGGUCAAAGCCAAGUCGUUUCCGCUGCCUGGAUGGUACAACACGGGGGAUGUGUGCACAAUUGACGAGAAUGCGUUCCUCGCUGUUGUCAGCCGCACGAAGGAGCUUAUCAAGUACGAAAGGUUCCAGGCGAGUCCGGUUGAGCUGGAUGCGUAUCUUAAUCGAAAUCCGCUGGUGUGGCGUGUGGGAAGUGAGCGAGUUGCCCUGGAAUGCAACUAUGAAGAUUUUGAGGACUGA